AUGGUACGCUCAGCUGAUCACACCACCUUCUGGAGAGACACAUGUCCUGCUGUUCCUAAACCAGGCUGUGAUGCUUCCUGUCUGGAUGCUGAAGUUCCUCAGCACUUUGGAGCUGACAGGUUUUUAAUCUUCUCCAGCUGUGGCCUUCUGGAAGUUAUCAGAUAUCAGACACAGCACAAGUGGAUCCCCGGUCAGGAAACAGCACUGGGAGGCUCCAAUGAUGAAGAUGAGGAGUGUUGGAGAGCUGACGCUCAGGUUCUCCAGCUUGGUGGGUUUGUAUGGUACAGAAAGCCCUACAGCUCCAUGCUGCUGGCUCAGGAGUUUAAACAAAAGGGGGGUGCAGGGCGUUCGGGCGAGGGCGAGAUUCCUGUACAGAUCAUCUUCUACGAAGGCCGGAAUUUCAUGGGCCGGUCCUGGGAAUGCAGCGGUGACUGCUACAACAUGUCCGCCUACCUGAACCGCUGUUACUCCUGCCGAGUGGAGAGCGGCUGCUGGAUGGUGUACGAUCGGCCCAACUUCAUGGGCAACCAGUAUUUCCUCAGGAAGGGAGAGUACAACGACUACAUCGGCACGUGGGGAAUGAACGGAUGGAUCCGCUCCUGCCGCUGGAUCCCCAUGUACAGCGGUCCCUACAAAAUGAGGCUCUACCCCCGGGAGAACUACAUGGGCCAGAUGAUGGAGAUGUCUGAUGACUGCGACUCCUUCAUGGACCGUUAUAACUGGUCUCACGGCUGCAUGUCGUGUCACGUGAUGGACGGCCACUGGCUCAUGUACGAGUAUCCUAACUACAAAGGCAGGAUGUGGUACUUCGGCCCCGGACAGUACCGGAACUUCAGGCACAUGAUGGGAAUGAGUGGCAUGAGGUUCAUGAGCAUGAGGCGCGUCAUGGAUUCCUGGUACAACUAA